CAGAGAGAGAUAAUGAGCACCAAGCUGCAGGAGUAUUAGCUGUCAGCCUCCUGAGCUGCAGAUCUCAUUAAAGGAUGAAGUGACCAUUGAGGCACAGUGUGUGUGGAGCCUAAGGUUCCCUCCAAGGCAUUGUGUGUGUAUGUGUGUUUCACAGUCCUGUGUCGCUGCUCUUGCUGCGUCAGAUCCUUCACGUGUGUAGACAUCUCUGAUCCCCUGCCAUCCCCUCUCACGUUGCUACGACAACCAUGGACUGCGGACUGCGUCUACCUCCUGUCAUCGAGGAGGUCAUGGAUGCUGCAGAUGAUCUGUGUGAGCUGAAGGCCGAGAUCCCAGGUUUGAGUGACGGACUGACUGAUAAAGAGCGUGAAUCCCUGGACGACAAUGAAGAGAAGGAGGAGAAAGAGGUGGGGAAUGGAGAGAAAGGCCUGCAGGAGGAGAAGGAGGUGAAGGAGGAGAAAGUGGGAGAUGGAGAGCAAGAUGAGAAGAGAGGAGUGGAAGAGGAGGAAGAACUGGAGGAACUGAGAGGACAGGUGGUUCAGCUGCUGUUGGAACUGGAGGAGGCAAGGGAGGUGUCCCAGAGGCAUGAGGAGAGCUACAAUGAGCUGCAGGGGCUUUUGGAGGACGAGCGCUUAGCCAGUGCCAAUCAGGCCGAGAGCUUCACAAGACAGAUCCAAAGGCUUCAAGCCCAGCUGCGCUCUGUGCAGGAGGAGCUGGACAGCCUGGAGGAAGAAAAGGCCAGCGAGCUGUGGGAGGCCCAGGAGGAGCUGCGUGUGGCGCAGGAGGAGGUGCAGGAGCUCCAGCAGGCGGCUGAGGAGGCAGCAGCUGAACGGGAGAAUGACAUUGCGCUCCUGCAGGAGGAGCUGUGCAGGCUGCGGGCAGAGCUGGAGAGACUUCAUAACACUACGCAGGAAUAUGAAUUAGAGCUAACUACACUGCGCGCAGAGAUCAGCAUGAAGAACCAACACAGGGAGGAGCAGAAACAAACAAGCACAGAGGGAGAGGUGGGCCAGCUGAAGGAUAAAUGUCGCUCCUUGGUAGACGAGUGUCAGAUUCUGAGAAACGAUAACCAGCAUCUUGCUGAGAAACUGCAGCUGCUGGAACAGCAGAGAGACAGAGAAGAGCAGGACGGUCAGAAGGUAGACGAGGAGCAGGUAGCGAAGGCCGAAGUCUACAUGAGCAUAUUACAGACGGAACAGAUGAGUCAUCAGGUGGACUCGUGUCUCCAGAAGAACUCGAGCGAGGACAAAGCUGUGAAUCCUGAGGAGAGGACUGAAGAGCUUUCUGAGGUGUUCACUCUCCGAGACCAGCUGAAACAGGCUGAGGAGCGAGCAUCCCAGGUCCAGAGAGAGUGUGAGGGGUUAAAAGGAGAACUUCUUGAGCUGCAAGGACUUUACGAGAGCAGUCAGAAGGAACGGGCCGAGCUAGAAGCGGAGCUACAGCACUGUAGGGCGGAGCUUGAUAGGCUGUCAGGAAGAAAGGCCCAGAAUUCCUGUCCUCCAUCUGAGUCCCCUGUUCUCUCCAUACCCUUCAUAGGAAUGGUUGUAAUAAUGGCGCUGAUAUGGUGCUGCUGGAUGGAGCUCUUGUCCUAAAGUGGGAAAGGACCGAGAAGGAGACUGGAACCUCGUUAUGAUGGUUGCCAUGGUAGCAGCAGCCGUUUUGCUCGUACCCAGUUUGACCCGAGCGUUUGCUUGAAUCUGGACAGGAAAUGACCUCGAACAGGUCAAGGUCUCAUAUUCACUUGCUUGCUUUACCCUUUCUGAUACACGUUCAUGGAUGCACACACACACACACACACACACACACACACACACACACACACACACACAACUGCCAUAAUCAUAUCUAUGGACUUCUGCUGAAACAGACUGUACAUUCUUAGUGGAGAAAAUAUCAUCAUCAUCAUCAUCAUCAUCAAACUGACAUGUCCUGAUUUUGUUUCUUGCUUCCGACUGUAUGCACUUUCACCCUCGAAUCCAUUCCUCUCUCAUCACUCCUGCUUUGGAUACAGUCUCCGGCUUUAGACGUGCUGCUUUUAAGAUGUGCUGUGACAGCAUGUGAUAUGUGCUACUCAACCUCUUCCAGCUGUAUGUCACUUUUCAAAUAUUAGCAAGAAUUUUUCAAUGACGUUUUAUGUUUAGCUAAUGACAACACAAGAGCAAUGUUCUAAAGCAUGCAUUAGACAGUUUAACCAGCACCAAUGUUAAAAGUAAAUGUUCUAUACCUAACUGUGGGAUCACUCAGUUUGCAAGGUUUCAAGUAUUUUUCGUUUCCGUCACAGCUCAAAAGGAUGGUCGUUAUGGAGGUAAAAUAAUUCUAGCAGCAAGAGAUGAGACUGGGAUUAUGAUAAACUAAUAUUCAUUGAGAAACUCAAUUAACCGUGAACCACUAUACAGUUAUUACACUGACAGUAUACUAUUGUAUGACACACUACUAACUAAACUGCUAACAAUGAUGGUCAUAACCAUUUUAGGUUGAAUAGAUAUUUUUGUAUAUAUAUGUGUGUGUGUGUGUGUGUGUGUGUAAUCAAUAUGACUUGAUGUAAUAAGUUUAAACAGUCCAGCAUAUAUAGUACAAGAGAAUGUUAUUUUUGUACAAAUAUGAAACAUAGUGAAUAUACUGUAAGAACAUUCCUUGUGUGAUAUCAUCUACCUUUCAGAGAAUCACAUUUCAGAGCAAAUAUUCCUCUCAAGUAAUGAAUACAGUGCAGCUCACAAGCAUCAUUGUUUUGGCUCUGCAUACCACUCGAGCGAAUUGAAAAAGAAAAACAAAGAAGAAAAAAAAAAACAUCCAGAUAGCGAAUUUUAAAUAUAUCAGGGGACCGUAAGCAUGUGUUCAGUUGGAUACUCGUGCCAUCGCAUCAUUCUUUCCUGCCCAAAGGAGCUGAGAAAAGGUCCAGAACUGGCUGUAGAUAUGAUAUUAGACGUUAGUAUAUCUGGAGUCUGUUAUUUACCAAUGUGAGAACCAAAGAAAUGUCGAGAAAUGUCAAUACUUGUUAGGUAAACCUGCAGAAUAAAUUAAUCAGAGCAUGAACGCAAUAUUAAGUGUCUCAGAAUCAGCUGCUUGGCAGCAGUAUUUCACAAAUACAACAAAGACUGCUAUCAAGAGAUGUGUAGCACUAAUACAGUACUUUUUCCCUCAAAUAUGCAGCUUCAAAAAGGUUCCUCAAGAGCUUAUUUGGUGGAACGUCUUUUUUUUUUCUUCAAAUAAAUAAAUGGUACAAUUUCUGUUCAGAAAUUUAUCACAGACUGACUUUAUUUGGUGAAUUAUACCUAAUAAUAAUUCGUUUAUUCAUUUGUCUUCUGUAACGGCUUCAUCCUGGUCAGGGUCACGGUGGAUCCAGAGACAACCCGUGAAUACUGGGCAUGAGGUGGGAGUAUGCCCUGAAUGCUACACCAGUCCAUCACAGGGCACCAUACACACACUCAUUCAUACCUAGGGGGAAAUUUGCGUAGCUGUUCUACCUACUGGCAUGUUUUGGAAGGUGGGAAGAAAUGAGAAAACCUGGAGGAAACCCACAUAGGAAUGGAGAAGAUGUAAAAAAAAAAACACCCUCCAUAGAGACAGUAACCUACAGUAAAUUCUGGAUUGAACGGGAUUCCUGGAGCUGGUAAGGCAGCAAUGCUACCCACUGCACCACCAUGCUGCGCUUAUAUAUGAAGGGACCUUUAAAGAUUCUACGGAGACAUGAGCUGAAUAUCAGGUGUCUCACAAUCAACUGCUUGGCGACAUCGUUUCAUCUGAUUAUUUGCACUUCUGGCUCGAUGUUAACUCUGUUUUUUUGUUGGCGUUGUAUUUGUAUUCUGAACGACAAUAAAGAUGAAUCGAAUACAUUUUUUUAAAAACCUGCCGUUAAGAAGAAUUAACUUGUUUUACCUUUUUCCAGGCGACAAAAUUGAAUCUUCUUGUUGACUCAAAUCUCAUUAAUCAUGCACUACAUGUAUUGGAGACUAGAUGGCCAAUACUGCGAUGCUUUACCAAAAAGGCCUGGUAAUGCAUCACAAGUGAAAAUCAUUAACAAGACUGUCAAUGACGGUGUAGCUCACUCUGACCCUGUCUAGUCCAGAAGGAAUGAUCUAAACUGGGCUACCUUGAGCAAUAAAUGUUGCAAUACACUAUAUACACUAUAUACAAGCUAUAUAUCGAAGCUAUAUACACCCUAGGAAUACCGACCUAUUUGCCAGAAAGAAUCCAAAAUGGUGAGGAAUUGACCGAGGAGAGGUGAUUUUUGUUCAACUGCUCAUUAAAGCUUAAUUAGUCCAUAACUUCAUUAAUAAUUGUAAUUAAGCAAAUCUGGAUAGAAGUUCUAUGCACCCUAGGUACCCCAUCUUCAUGCCAGAAAGAAUCAAAAUUGGUAAAGAAUUGAUGGAGAAGAAGUGAUUUGUGUGGAAACUGCUUGUUAGGGAUUGAUUAAUUACUCCAUAUCUUCAUUAUUAAUUGCAAUUAUGCAAAUUUGGAUAGAAGCUAUAUAUGCACCCCAGGCAGACCUACCUUCCUUCCAAAAAGAAUAAAAAUCGGUGAAGAAUUGAGAGAGAAGAAGCAAUUUUUGUGGAAUGUACAUGAUGCUGGACGGACAACACAUGAUGGCAUUCUGCAUGUUCAUCUUCUUCAUGUGGAUCUCAUUUGGACCUCCUAAAACAUGCCAACAGAUUGAAGGGUUAAACUGAAAUGCCCCUUGGUGUAA